CUCUGCGGACUUGAGCCGCCCAGCCCUUGCGGGGAAGGAGACGCCGCGCGCCUCGCCGCUCUAGGGGGCGCGUGUGCGCUGGCUGCGCGCAAAGGACCUGCGUGGUGGAGGACGCGGCGGCGGCGGCGGUGCCUGGGUUGAGCGGCUGGCCGCCCCCCGCGCAAGAACGAGAGAGAGGCCGCCGUGGUGGGCAGGACAGCAACCAUGUCCGCGCCGUGUUGCGCUGGGCAGUUGGCCUGUUGCUGUGGUACUGCUGCCUGUUCCCUCUGCUGCAAAUGUUGCCCCAAGAUAAAGCAGUCAACCAGCACCCGCUUUAUGUAUGCCCUGUACUUCAUCCUGGUAACUCUCAUCUGUUGCGUCAUGAUGUCAAACACAGUAGCAAAAGAAAUGAAGCAUAUUAGCUUUUAUGAUGUGAUAUGCCAACAUAUACAAGCUGGUGAAAGUUGUGAGAAGCUGGUGGGCUACUCUGCAGUAUAUCGAGUAUGUUUCGGAAUGGCCUGCUUCUUCUUCAUCUUCUUCUUGUUCACAAUCAAAAUCAACAAUAGCAAGAGCUGCCGUUCAUAUGUCCACAAUGGAUUUUGGUUGAUUAAACUUCUUGUCUUGGCAGCCAUGUGCUCAGGAGCCUUCUUCAUUCCAGACCAGGAUACCUUUCUUAAUGCUUGGCGCUAUGUCGGUGCUGGGGGAGGGUUCCUGUUCAUCCUUAUUCAACUUAUCCUGCUUGUAGAAUUUGCUCACAAAUGGAACAAAAACUGGACAUCUGGCACGAAACACAAUAAGCUCUGGUAUGGCUCCCUAGCUCUCGUCACUCUUGUAUUGUACACAGUAGCGGUUGGAGCUCUGAUUGUCAUGGCUGUCUUUUACACACGCGUGAAUGGCUGUACUUUUAAUAAGAUUCUGCUUGGCGUCAAUGGUGGCCUGUGCCUGCUCAUUUCCAUGGUAGCCAUCUCACCCUGCGUCCAAAACCAUCAUCCACAUUCUGGCUUGUUGCAGUCAAGUGUUAUCAGCUGCUACGUCAUGUAUCUCACCUUUUCAGCACUCUCAAGCAAGCCACCAGAAACAAUCCUAGAUGAGAAUCAAGAGAACAUCACAAUCUGUGUGCCUGAAUUUAACCAUGGGCUGCAAACUGAUGAAAAUUUAGUGACCGGCUUGGGAACCGCCCUCCUUUUCUGCUGUAUUUUAUAUUCUUGUUUGACCUCGACAACACGUGCAAGUUCUGAAGCACUGAGAGGAAUAUAUGCACUGCCGGAAACUGAAGUAGCACGUUGCUGCUUCUGCUGUUCUCCAGAUGAAGAAACUGAUGUGGACGAGCACGUUGGCAAAAGGGGUGGCCAAAGAGUCGUUUAUGAUGAAAAGAAGGGCACCGUAUACAGCUAUGCCUAUUUCCACUUUGUUUUCUUCCUGGCUUCUCUCUAUGUGAUGAUGACCGUUACCCACUGGUUCCAUUAUGAAAGUGCUGCAAUUGAGAAACUAUUUGCUGGAACAUGGUCUAUAUUCUGGAUUAAGAUGGCUUCAUGCUGGGUGUGUGUCCUUCUCUAUCUAUGGACUCUUCUCGCUCCCCUCUGCUGCCCUACCAGAGAAUUCUUAGUGUGAAAUUUCAUCUCAGUGUGGCUUUGGAUAUAGAAAAAUAAAUCUGUCUAUUGGCUAUCCCAACGUUACCACAAAGUAUUGCUUUUCCUCAGAUGAGACGGCACAUCUUUGGAUUUUAAAACUGUUCUUUACAUUAUCUAAGAAUUGCAAGGAAUACAUUUAUUCAAAACCAACACCUAAGUCCAGAACUAGAAAAUACAAAUACUGUUACCCACCCCAGCGUAAGUAAAUCUUUUAAAUUAUGGAGUAUCCAUUGUGCAAACAUUUGGUAUCCCUCCUGUAUGAUGAAAAAUAUCUGUUUGCUCAUAGGCUUCUGAAUGUUUUUUCAGUGACUGAUUUUCUCACAAAUGAAAAGCACCUUUGUAUAGAAUUAGAAAGAGGAACAACUUGUUAGGGAUAGUUUUGUAGGUGCAGGCAAAAAUAACAUUGGCUCAAGGGUUUCUUUUUCUGUAUUAGACUCUCAUAAUAAAUUAUUGGAAAUCUGGAUUAUGAAAGAAAAGGAUUUAUGAUUAUAUAAAUAUUUAAUUUAUCAUAUUAAUGAAAGGCACCUUUAUAAAUCACUGAGUGAUGGAAUGUGGAAUUUAAGAUGCUAGACACUGUAAAUGAUGGUGCAAUUAAUGAGCAGUUACUGUGGGCUACUCUGGGAGGAAAUACACCCUGUAAAAAAUUCAUAAUGGGACCAGUGAAGAGAAAAAUAUGAUUUUUCCUCAUCUAUCUGAGCUUACCUAAUAUGCCUGAGCAAUUUGCCAUUUUGAAAUGGUUAAUACAUACUGCAUCCUCUCCAGAACUCUGAAAUAACAAAUGGAUUUGUAGGACCUUCAAAAUCUAGUGAUAAUUCAUGUGGUAAAAGUAGAAGUAGCCUGAAAAAUAUUUAGGAACAUUAAAUGUUAUUUCCAGCUGUAUGGGAUAUUUUAUCCUUCACUAUUUAGAUGGCAGUCUGCUCCUCCAAAUAUGUUUGUAUGUUAAUAACUUGCAAUGUUAAAGUGCAAUUAUGAGUAGAGAUUAUAGUGAGAGCAUUUUUUAGUUAUAAUAUUUCAAAAUACCAAUGUUGUUCUCCGCCUUGAGCCCUAUGGAGGUAGGGCAGGAUAUAAGUUGAAUAAUUAAAAUUUAAAAAUUAAAUUAAGUUAAAAUAAUUAAAAAACGGUGUUGAAAAUUAAGACGUUACCUUUCCAGCUCUUUAUUAGGCAUUAACAUGAGAGAUUAUGCCUUUGACACUCUCCUUUUUGGAGAAAUCCAUCAUUUGGCUAAGAGCUAACUUUUUAAAAUAAGUUUUUCCUUUUUAAUCCUGAAGAAAUUUAUAUAAGUUGGCUCACAUGAAGCUGUUUUAAUCAGCGGUUCAUAUGAAAACAUGUGUCAGCUGUUACAUUACUUGUUAACUAGCGGGAUGUCAUUAUUUCAUUUUAAAGUUAUCAUAUGCCACUGUUUCAAAUUAAACAAAUGACUGGAAGUCAUUUAAAUAAUAAUAUUCUGUUAACAGAGUAGCUGUGAUAUAUAGACUACCCUAUCGCAGUCUAUAUAAAGAAUCAAAGCAUGGUAAUAUGGCAAAGGCAGAUUUUCCCAUUAUUAUCAAUGUACCUUCCCUGGUAGUAUUGGUACAGCCUGGUAGUAUUGGUACAGCCUGCCUGUGUAACGGUACCAUGCUUUGAUUCCUGCGUACCUUAUUAAUUGCAGCUUCGUCUUUAAUUUUAUAUUUGCUUAAUAAUUGGUAAUAGCAGCCAUCUGCUCGCAGAAGAUAAGGGAGUGCAUGCUUUCAAGGGAAAUCAGAGUUCCUAAGCAGAAGGCUUAAACCCACUAGAAGUUAUUGAUGGUCCUGUUCUGUGUUGUUUGUUCUAUUUAUCAUCCCUCUUUUCUUCGUAGUAACUUUUGGAGGACUUGGUGAACUUAAUGGAGCUAGAAGCUGUAUAGAGCAUAUUUUGGAGUGUUCCAAAGCAGAAAGCAGCCGCGCUGCUUAAGAAGUUUAACAUUAAGAAUUGGAGACAUUUAGGCAAUCAGGGUAUUAGGGAAGGCCAGUUCUCUGAGCACAGAGCUGGUGGUACCUGGUUGCUUACCAGAUCAGUGUAAUAAAAUGUAGCAUUUGUGCUUUUAAAAGUGGCUGUGGGGAAGGGUGAGAAUUGUGCAUUUGUCCUGAAAGCUGUAUUCCUCUGUUCACACACUAAAUAAUGUACACUGAUGGAAUUGUUAAUGCUACCUUGAUUCAAUUGUUAUGGGUUCUGGGCCUACUGUUUUUCUGUGAAUUGUAGCUAUCUUUUUGUGUGUGUUAAUAUGAAAUGAUUCUUGGAAAUAGAUGUAGGUUUUCCAUUUUCUGAAAUUCAAAUUCUUUUGUAGAUGUGCAUGUUGAAAAGAUCUUGGACAGCCUAAUCCAGGGCCCUGAGGUGACCAACAGUGGCACUGCUGCAGUGCCACCCUGCCACCUCCAGAGGGCUUUUCAGCAGCACAGGGAGGCCAAAAACAAAAAAAGUAUCCCCACCACCACAAAGCCUUCCAAUGGGCUUAGUGGGCUUAUGCCACCCAAAGGGUGGUGCAAGUCCAAGGCAUUGGCAUCCUGGGAGGCACUGCUGGGGUGGAAGUCAACUAACAUCAGUUCCAUCCCUGGCCACCUCCAAUACACCAUCAGAGCCAGUGGGGAUGCUGACACAUCCCUUUGCGCCAUGUUGGGGCAUUCUGGGAGGCCCCAGCAGCCACCCACCAGCAAAUUUGCCCCUCUAACAGGGUAAGUUCCCCAGGGAAGGCAAGUCACUGGUGUAGGGCCCCACUACCUCCACAACUGCCUUGGCCUCCCCCCACUCUGAACUGGGCUGUAAGACUUAUUAGAUAUAUUGCAUAGAGUGAUCUCUUGCCUUUUGAGCCUAUUACACAAAAGGGAGCUGGGUUGAGCUCAGGAAGAGGAAGUGGUGCUACUUUCUCAAAGUGACCUUUUAAUCAUCUCCAGCUCUUGCUCAGAUGCUGAAUCUAACCUCUUCUGGAGAAGGGAAAACGAUUUGUUAAUGCAACAGACGGCAACUGCAAAAGACAAAAUGGGGUUUGUAACAUGCUGGUGGUGCUCAAUCAUGACCCUGCCAAAGGGAAUCCCAGGGACCAGGUCAAAAUGUACUCCCUUUCUUACACUACUGAUAGCCUUUUCUAAAGUUGGAAGGAAUCUAAUCUAAAUGACAUAAUUCUGCUGAAACAUUUAAGGCAUGCGUAUUUAGAGCACUCUUAAGGUCUUAUGAGGUGCAAUCUUUUUACUGGCUUUUUUUCCUUUCUAAAUUAUAUUACCUUGGAAUGGCAGCAUAAUUCAAGUAUAGUUCAUUUCCCCACUAGAUUCUUUCCCAAAUAAAGUUUUCUUCUGUCCACUCUUAUCAGAUAGUCCAAAUAAUCUUGAAUUCCCAGCAUUGCUACAUAGGGCAAUUAACCAUAAUAUAAGUAUGUUUUUUAUUUCGCUAAAAGGAAUUGAAAACAAACUUGAAAACAGCUCCAUCCAUAAGUCUGAGAGAGGACUAUCAGAUGCCAUGUUCAGGAAAAUGGGCUGUCGCAUUACUCUUGUGCCUCAUUGAGUAAAAUGGAGUAGUUGGGUCCAAUCCACAGUACUCUGCAGUACUUUCUCCCUUCCAAUGUACUACCAGUUUCUAUUAUUUUCACAUAUAUUAUCUAACAGUUCCUACUUAUUUAGAGUGUUUUUAUGUAUGUUUCAAUGACUGAAUACACGCUUAAGGUUUUUUUCAUAAGGUUUUUUAAUGUGUUUUUUUAAAAAAUCUUUUGAUACAACUUCAGCCUUUUUUUAAAAAAAUGUGUUUGUGUGGGGAAAGAUUUUGUUCAGAAUCGUAACUGACACUGGUUACAUUUUGAGUCUAUGAUAUGUAGAAAUCGUAAGACUUCCUAUGUUUUUAAGACUUCAAGAAAAAAAUAAUACAAUGUACACUGUAUAAGGUUUUUAAAGCAUGUUACUUGGUUUUCUAGAAAUAACUACAUAUUGAGUGAAAGUAUCAUACUCGUUUAAUAGACGAAUAAACUUUUGUUCAUUUGAAAAUA